CAUAAAGACAAUAGAAUCGGUUUCGCAAGCCUAAACCCAACCCAGCUAAAACAGUUUACCAUUUUUAGCUUUCGUCAAUCUGCCACCUCUUCUUCUCUCCCUCUGCUCGAGGAGAGGAGAAGAAGAAGAAGAAGGGAAAGAAGCAAGAAACCAGAAGCCCCAUAUAGGCAAAUACUGUGUGUUUGGCAAUUGUAAAUUCUCUUCCAACCUUCCUCUACAUCUAGGGUUUCUGCUUCUUCCAAUGCUACGCUAUCUGCUUCUCUCCUCGGCUUCUUCUUUAUACGCGCAUUGCACUGAGAUCGACAGUUUUUUUAUGUGGAUUUUAAUUCGGCGAUUUGUCGUUGAUUUGAAGGAUUUUUUAUGGGUUAAUUUUGGGAUAUGUACUUGUUUUGUGUAAAUUUGAGGUGGAAAUGGAAAUGGCUCAGUAUCUUGUUGCUUAGAUAUUUUGAUUGUGGUAGGUGAUAUAUGUAAGUAAUUGCAGUGUACAGGUACCCAAGUAGUUGUUAGUAUCAAUGGUAUGUUCGAUAGGAAGUGGGAGAAUGGCAGUCCUGGCUAGGCUUCUGGCUGCAGGAAAUUUAUCACAAACCUUAGGAGUCCUGCAAUUUGGCAGAGGAACUCGCCCAACAGAAAUUGGCUACUCAAUGCAUUUAUAGAGAAUUACACGAGGCAGAUGAAGCAAAUUUGCUUGAUGAAGAAGAUAUGCAUGUUUUUGGUUUGAAACCUAUGACUGAUCCUUUGGAUUUGGUUUGUUGUAAUGCUUGCAAGAAACCAGUGAAGACCAGUCAGUAUGCAGCUCAUGCAGAACUUUGUAGGUCCUUAAAUUCUGCAGAAGACAGUGCAUUGGAGCUUGAUGGUAGUGUAGGGCACAGGAAACCUCCAAGGAAAGAGAGAAAAAAGUUAUUAACUGCUUAUCUUAACCAAGCUACACCAGUUGCAGAGCAAGAAAGGUCUGUAUCUAUAGAUUUAACUUAUACAGCUGCCUUGGAAUCUCAGUUGGAUGGGCAACCUGGAAGGUCAUCUUCCUUCUCCAUGGAUACAAAGAGAAAUCCCGCAUGUGUAGAUAUGGCAUUUACGGUGGAUGGUAAAGGAGAAAGUCCUGAACAUACAGGCUACUCAGCCUGUGUAAUGCCACCUCCAACAAAACGCUCUAAACUUGUAUCAAGUCAGCAUCUAUUGUUAUCAAAUGAUCCAGAAGCAGCUUCUGGCCUAACAAAAAUCACGAGUGCUCAAGAUAGUUUUGCCUUCAGGGAUUUUCAAAUACAGUCAACUUUGGGUAGUGACAUGCCAAAUGAUUGUGGUGUUGUCUCUAAGUUCCCUGGGCAAGCUAAUCAAAAGUUCCUGCUGACAAAAGCAAUUAAACCAGAUGUUCCAAUUCCCCUUGCUACAAAAAUAUAUUACUCUCAGAGGAACACUCGCCUUCGGUCAGCAGUUGCUCAUAUGUACCAUGCAGCAUCAGCUAAGGUGAUAAACAGUAAUGUUGUGAGUCCAGAAGUAUCAAAUGAAAACAUAAUGCAAUUACAGGCUUCAUCCCAUAAGGACUGUUCACAUGAGCAAGUUGAUAACUUUCUCAACAAGAAGAGAGAACCUUCUGCAUGUAAACCUGAUCAAAUUCUUGCACAAAGCUCAGAACUGUGCUUGGAUAAAUCAGGAGGAUGCAUACCAGCCAUUAGCUUCUCAAAUCCGCUUCCUGUUGAUAACAUUUUAAGGCCUCAGACUGCUUCUGUUGGAUUGCUCAGAAGCAAGUAUCUUUCAGAGCCUUAUUCUUUUGCAGGCAACUCAGGACAAUCACUGGGGACCAGGACCAUGCAGCAAGCAAAUGGAAGUGUUCCCGUUUUAUAGGAGUCUUCGUGGUGGGAGUUUUGGUUAACUAAUGGUGUAUUUAGUACAAUACACGAGGUUAGGAUCUAUUUUUGGAGCUGAAAAAGCAAAUUACCAUAAUUGUUUAUUCUAACCUUCUUUAAUCUGUAUCAUGCUCGACUUCUGACUCUGUUUAUAUGCUUGUAGAAAUAAAGAGAAAAUAUUACUUAAUAGA